GAGUGUGUGGAGUCGAGCAGCCAGCCAGCCAGUCGCAUUUAGUGUGUCAGUGAGGGAGCACGUGCGACGCCCGGCCCCAAGUGAAAGAACUUGUUUGUUACCGUUGUUUUGUUAUCAUUACCCAAAAAGGAUUUAUUGAAAAAGUCCAUAGGCUGCGAGAAUGUCAGCAACCAAGUACCUGCACCCAUUCCUCCGAGGCUUGAAGCCGCUGCCCGAAGGCCAUGACGAGGAGAUCCAACAGAUUAGGGAGUGGAUGAAAAGCCAGCAGCACUUACCGCACAUAUCUGAUGAGUACGUGAUCCUGUUCCUGCACUCCAACUAUUACAAGGUGAAGGAGACGAAGGACACGAUAGAAUGUUACUUCACGCUGCGGGCCAACACCCCUGAUCUGUUCACCAACCGCGAUCCUUUAGCGCCGAAGAAUAAGGCCAUUUUGGAUAUAACGCACAUGGUAGGUCUACCAAUAAAGACUACGGAAGGUUACCACGUUCUUCUCUACCGGCUAUCGGAGUUCGACUACAGCAAGUUGAACUUCGCCGAUGCAGUCCGCGUCUUCUGCAUGUUCAAUGACGUCAAGCUGUCCGAGGAUCGCUUGUCUGAAGGGUACAUCGUCAUCUUCGACAUGAAGGGCUGCAGCCUCGGCCAUCUGACCAGGGUCACCCUUCCUGCGCUUAGAGCUUUCAUGCAUUAUAUUCAGAACGCUCAUCCGUGCCGUCUAAAGAAGAUCCACGUGGUCCACACGGUUUCCUUCAUCAACCAAGUCAUGUGUCUCGUCAAGCCGCUCAUCCACUCUAAUCUCCUCAACCUUCUGAACUUCUCUUCUGAAGGUCCAGAGUCUAUCGUCGAUAAGGAACUUCUUCCUGAAGACUUUGGAGGUCCUUUACCAACUGUCAAACAGCUACAUGAGGAACAAAGAAAGAAUAUGGAAGAAAACUAUAGAGAAUGGUUGAUUGAGACUGAAAUAUUCAAAGCUGAUGAGAAAAAGAGAAUUAAGAAACCUAGUAAAGGUAUGUUUGCCAGUUUCACCAGUAGCUUCAAGAGUCUCGACAUUGAUUGAAAGGAUUGUUUCUUGCUUGUCGCGCUAGGGACCUGAAAGUUUCGGUUUCUUGCCAAAUGCUACCUCGUGGCUUCUAGAACGUUCUUCUGGAUUUUAGGGAAUUUUAUAUUUAGUACUAUAGACUUUUUAGGAGUCACGAGGCAUCAAUGGCGGUCUUAGUCUUCUCUACUUUUGUAAUAUGACGUUUUUUUAUGUGCAAUGUAAAGUUUUUGCGACAAAUACUUGCCUGGUAUGUUUGUGUUUUUUUUUUGUAUUUCUUUUAGACUUGGAUAUUGUUCUCAGAAAUAUGCGUUUUUCUGAAUUUGCUUAAUUAUACGUAUAAUAUUAUUUUUAACUGACUUCCCAAAAAGGAGGAGGUUAUCAAUUCGGCCGGUAUAUUUUUUUGGUAUUUUAAAGUUGUAUGGUUGUUAAUUUUCAUUUAGUUCUUUAAACCUUGUGCGGUUGUGAUAAAGAUUUUUGUACUUUUAAUAAAUCUCUAUAAUCAAAACAUUAUUUAAGAUUAAGGUCCUUUUUGUGUUUUAAUAUUUUUGUCUUCAUUGCUCAAGAUUAGAUAUUUUGUAUUAAAAUGUUUAUUGCAAUAAAAUACUCGGUAUGGUUCAGGUUGCGUGUGAUCGUGUACUAUAAGAAAACAUUUUUUUUUAUAUCUCUUCCACACGUAGGACGUGACUUUUUAUCGAAAGUUACCAAAAUAACUUUUAAACAUAGCUUUGUACAUAUUUAGGCACUUUUAGUGGUUUUUAAUGCUAUUUUCUACGCUUAUAUUGUUAUCUUUAAAAGAAAUAUACCUUUUAGAACUAUUUACUGUUGCAACGAAUUUUGAAAUUUAAAUAAUGUUGUAAAAUAUCGAUUACAUCAAAUGUUACAAUAUUUUGCUUACAUGUAACAGACCGAAUCGUUAUUUUUAUAAGUAUACAUACUGUAAAUAGUCAAAUAAAAAUAUUUUACUAUA